AGGGAAAUGAGCUUGUGAUCUUCAUUUCACAGCCAGCGAGACGAGCCAUGGACAAGUUUAAACUCCUGAGCAGUUUCGUCCAGAAACAGCAGUACACCCUGGGCUUCAGCUUGGUGGCCUUGCUGACCGCGGGUGGAGAGCAAAUUUUCUCCGCCGUGGUUUUUAAGUGUCCCUGCAAUUCCUGGAAUUUAACGUACGGGAGCGUUUUCCUCUUCGUCCCAGCCCUUGUGCUUCUUGCCCUCGGGUACAUUUUAAACAACAAGACCUGGAGGCUGUUCACGGGUUUAUGCAAAGGCGCACAGCGACAAUGUCACUUCAAGCAGGCACUGGGCAGAUGGCAAGUCUUCCUGCAGAUCUCCAUCAGCGCGGUGGUCGCCCCCGUCAGCUGGAUCGCAGUGGCGUUUCUCAGCAGCGUUUACGUUGAGUGCGCCCUGACUGGGGUAAACGCCACCCUGUUCAGUGAACACCUCUGUUCUGGGAAAACGAAAGCUUGUCUGCAGGAGCUCAACUUAUUCCCCUGUGGGAAAGGAUCUGUGCCUGCCGCCGAGCGCGAUGAGGUGCUGAUGGGCAUUCGUGCGUUGUCACAGGUUUUAGGCUGGCUGCUGAUCGCUGGCGUCACUGUAUUUGGCCUCCUGUUCACCUGUGUGGCCAAGUGCAGAUCCCCGGUGAGCUACCUGCAGCUGAAGUUCUGGCAGCAGUACACCAACAAGGAGACCUCCCUCUUUGAGAAGCACAUGGCGCAGAACGCAGAGUGCCUGGCCGAGAGGAACCUCAAGAGCUUCUUCCAGCAGACGCCCCCGGAAGAUGUGCUGACGCCUUCGAAUAAAGCUUGGCAGAAGAUCUCCUCACUGUACAGUUUUAGCACCAAGCGUCAAUACUACAGCCUUCUGCAGAAGUAUGUGGAGACGGAACAGGGUGACAAGCACAUGUCUGUGAGGUCGGACACUGGAGAACCCGCCCCUGCGGUGCUUGGCUUCGUGGAUGAAGGAAAGACAAUGUUGUAAAGGCCUGCAGGAUAAGAAAAAACGAAACAAUCAGCUGAAAAGGGUCAUACGUUUUAUAAUCAGAGAUGAGGUCCUUUUUAUAGGUCUAGUUUUAUAGUUUUUUUCAUAUAUUUGAAUCAAUUGUGUGGUUGCGGAACUGAAUCAGAAAAUUUUAUUACACAACCCAUGUAUAACUUAAUGCAAGGUGAACGUGGAAUGAUGCAGUUCGAUGAUGUAAAUGUCAAAAGAGGACAAUCUCUGUGACUCUGCUUUUACUGGGUUUCCUGUAUGGUAACUUUAAACAUAAAAAACAGGAAAUGAGAUACAUGUCACAUUUUGUAAUUUAUAGUCUAAUCACGUUAAGGCUUCCCCAGUGCCCUCAGGACCUCAGUUAUUUGAUGACAUUUUCAUGUAUAGAUAUCACAUAAACCUCUAAAAGCACA